CUUUCAGGUUUUGAGCUAAACCUAUGAUAAACCAGUGAUUGCAUUGCUCAUAUUUGCCAACCAAGGGAGCAAGUAGUGUGGCAAUGAGUUCUGUUAUGGAAGCAGGGGACCUGGAGCCCCUGCCAGGAAACCUGCAGAAUGUCCUGGAGCAGACUUCUCUUAGGUGGGUGUUUGUGGGUGGGAAGGGGGGUGUAGGGAAGACCACCACCAGCUGUAGCCUUGCCAUUCAGUUGGCCAAGGUGCGGGAGUGUGUCCUCAUCAUCUCCACUGAUCCUGCACACAACAUCUCAGAUGCCUUUGACCAGAAGUUUUCCAAGGUCCCUACCAAGGUGAAGGGUUUUGAUAAUCUCUAUGCAAUGGAGGUUGAUCCCAAUGUGGGGAUGGGGGAGUUGCCUGAUGAGUACUUUGAAGAAGGGAGUGAUGCCUGGCGGGCAGGGAAGUCCGUUGUUCAGGAGCUCCUGGCUGCAUUUCCAGGGAUUGAUGAAGCCAUGAGUUAUGCUGAGGUGAUGAACUUGGUCAAGAGCAUGAACUUCUCGGUGGUUGUCUUUGACACUGCUCCCACUGGCCAUACUCUUCGCCUUCUUUCAUUCCCUCAGGUGGUGGAGAAAGGACUUGGGAAGCUUUUGCGUCUCAAAUCCCAGAUUUCCCCCUUCAUCAACCACAUGAGUGGCCUCCUUGGCUUGCAGGACUUCAGUGCUGAUGAAGUCUCACGCAAGCUUGAGGACACCCUCCCAGUCAUCCGGCAGGUAAAUGAACAGUUUCGCAACCCAGAGCAGACGACGUUCGUUUGCGUCUGCAUUGCCGAGUUCCUCUCAUUGUAUGAGACAGAGCGUCUGGUUCAGGAGCUGACGAAGCAUGGCAUUGACACACACAAUGUGGUUGUGAAUCAGCUGCUCUACCCAGAUGAGCAGAAACCGUGUCGAUUGUGUGUCUCCCGGUGUAAGAUUCAAGCCAAGUAUCUUGGCCAGAUUGAUGACUUGUAUGAGGAUUUCAAUGUAACCAAGUUGCCGUUGCUGGAUCAUGAAGUCCGAGGUGUUGACAAGGUCAAGGCCUUUUCUGAGUUGUUGGUGAAUCCACCCGGUAACCCAAAGAUGCCACAAGAGUCAGGAGAGUCCUAAUGCCUUGCUUUGAUGAUAUGUGAUUGUCAGAAGUUAUGUUUUAUUCCCUUGUCAUUCAAGAAUAUUCAUUUGGUG